AUGGAGGACUUUUGCUACAGCUUUAAGCAGGAAGACUCGGCUCCUGAAUUUCCAUUCUGGGACCAGGCAGAUGAUUUCCUCCUGGACUUCUCCUCCUCCCUGGCCGACCCCUUCUCCCCUCGGUCCUCCCCCGCUUGCUCCCUGGCCCUGGGACAACCAUCACAAGGUGCUGAAGCGGACAGCUCCGAGCCACUGGGACCCACCGCGCCCACCACUGGUCCCACCACUGGUCCCACCACCGGUCCCACCACCGGUCCCACCACCUCACCACCUCCUGGUCCCACCACCCCAGCACCCCCCGCCCACCGCCCCCAGCGCCAAGCCGCCAACAUCCGCGAGAGGAGGAGGAUGCUCAGCAUCAACUCUGCCUUCCAGGAGCUGAGGUGCCACGUACCCACCUUCCCCUACGAGAAGCGGCUCUCCAAGAUCGACACGCUGCGCUUGGCCAUCGCCUACAUCGCUCUCCUGGGCGAGAUCCUCCUCUCUGGCUCUGAGCCCAAAGCCUACGUGGAGCGGUGCCUGAGGGACGGGCUGCAAAGCCAGCAGCGGGCAACCUGGAACACAAGUGAUCUGACAGCCCGCCUGUCCUGGGUAAAGUGGGAUUAA